AUGAUGCGCCUGUCAACAUCGUUGAGAACAUUGGUGAGUCAAGUUCAUGCUCAUGAUCGGGCGCUAUGUUCCGCUGCUGGAACGCAACAUCCUGGAUGGUUCAAUCGUAUGCUGUACACUAAUGAGUACAACCUGCCUCGUCUGCCGGUACCGCAACUCAAGGAGACGGUGGAGCGCUAUCUGGAUAGUGUUCGGCCGCUAUUGAACACCUCAAACUGGGAGGAACAUGCUGAUUUGGCCAAGACUUUUCUGGACGCUGAGGGCCGCAAGCUGCAAGAUCUUUUACUUAAACGCGAGCUGAAGCAUGUCAUGGGCCGUUCCUACCCGUUCAGCUAUAUCGAGAUGGACUGGGACGAAAUGUAUCUCGGUGGACGCUACCCAAGCCCAAUCAACGUCAACCCUUCAUACGGUCUUUUGGAUGAGACGGAUGGCAACCUUGACGGUAUGGUGCCUCGUAGUGCCGCUUUUGUUCGCUCCAUGGUCAAGUGGUGGGCCAAGGUGAAGAAUAGCGAGCUCGAGCAGGACAAGAAUCAGUGCAUGGCAGGUUUUGCCCGCCAAUAUGGUACGGCUAAAGUUCCGAAAAAAGGAAUGGAUGUACUAAGUUCUUGCCCGUGCGCGACGCAUAUUGUGGUAAUGAAGAGCAAUCAGUUUUACAAGUUGAAUGUGCUCAGUCCUGAUGGCAACCAGCUACUGUCUCAGAGACAGCUGGAGGCGCAACUAGAUUUCAUUCUAAACUCGUCGUCCAAGGGCAAUCACGAUGACUUGGAUGUAUCCACACUCACUGCUGAAGAGCGCAACACGUGGGCUCAGAUCCGCGACGAUCUUGUUGCGCACCACCCCGCAAAUGCCGAGACGCUUGAGGCGAUUGACACGGCAUUGUUUAUGCUGGUGCUAGAGGAUCGAAACCCUACCGAUAUGAAGCAGCGUAUAAAAUUGUCCUUGCAUGGAGAGGGAUCUCAACGCUGGUUUGACAAGCUGCAGGUAAUGGUGCAGCCAGACGGUCACGUGACUGUCAACUUUGAGCAUUCAUUCUCGGACGGCACAGUCUGGAAUCGUUGGUUGCACGAAUGCUGGCACGACAUGCGCGAAUCUGACUCGGGUUUCGCACCGCUUAAGGAGAUGCCGGAGUAUAAUAGUGCUCCGAAGCCAGCUCAGCUUAGCUGGAAACUUUCACAUAACUUGGUGGAAGAUGUCAGAAAGGCAGAGCACCAUUUUGCAGAAUUUGCGGGUAAUCUAAACUUGGAAUACCUGGUGUACGACAAUUUUGCCAAAAAUAAUUGCAAGCAGUGGAAGCUUAGCCCGGAUGGUGUUGCUCAAAUGGCAGUUCAAUUGGCGUUUUACCGCGCACACGGCAAGAUUGCUCCCACCUACGAGUCGUGUUCGACGCGCGCUUUCCACCAUGGACGCACAGAAACAAUUCGCUCAGCCACUCCUGCGGUAGAAGCUUUUGUUAGGGCUGUCGAGACCGGUGCUGCAGCUAAGACACAGCGCGAACUACUGGUGGCAGCAGCAAAUCAUCACGUAGAGAUGGCUAAGAUGGCGCAAAAGGGGAUGGGUGUGGAUCGCCACUUGACUGCGUUGAAUUCCAUUGCCAGCCAGAAUGAUAUUUUUAGCAACUUCUUGGCGAGCCCUGUGCGCGCCGAAAGUUCAAAUUUCCUGAUAUCCUCAAGCAAUGUGACCAUGCCAUUUCUACAAUACUUUUCAUUUGGCGCGGUGGUGCCGCACGGUUAUGGCGUGGGCUACUUGCUCCAUAACAAGAGCAUUAAUAUCACCCUCACGAACUACAAAGAUAGUGGUGUGUCCGAUGGCAAGAAGUUCAAGGAGGCACUAGAAGGCUCGCUCGACACCAUCAAGGUUCUUGCCGACAGCCUAGCUCCGUAA